AUGUGCCACGGGCGCCCCUUCACGUUGCAGUACAACGAGUGCGAGCGCUUCUACAACGGGCGGCCCAGCCCCAGCACCUCCAACGCGGAGUGCCACCCCCCUUGGGGCAGGCAAUACGCGCCCAAUCCCUUCUACGAAGCCAACGGGUUUUCGUCGAUGCAGAGAUUUUUCAAUAAUGCAGCUUUGGCCGUCCCCCACGUCUGUCGCCCCCCGUCUUCGCGUCCGAGCUUCGAUCCUCAUCCUCGUCCAGUCGCUCUCCGGUCGUACCGUACCGCAGAAGAGCGUUCAGGCAUGAGUUUUGUGGUACCGGCGAAGGAGAUGGAGUACCAGCUGCCGCCGGCGCCGAACGGCGCGCCGCUCGGCCACCAGGUGCCCGUCGGGGUGAUGCAGGGCACCCUGACGCACGUCCAGGCGCCGCAGCAGCAGGACGAGUCGCAGAGAUGGACGCAGUACCAGCAGCUGUGGAGGCAGCACGUCUAUAUGAACGGCAUUGAAGGAAUUGUAGGAAAUAGUAAACCCCCGCACACGCACAGCCAUGGCCACACGACGAUCAAGGAUCUAGCGGGUAGUAUAUUAGGCGAUGAUAAGAACAAAGAAGAUGGGGAGCUUUGGAACACCGUGGAGGCGCAAACGGCCUUUCUCGGCCCCAACCUUUGGGACAAGACUUACGAAACAGACCUUAAGUACGUUGAUUUGGACGAGUUCCUAUCGGAAAACGGCGUUUCGAUGGACGGAUUGGGUACCCAUAGCUCGCUCGGUCCUUUAGGUAGUUCCCAAUCGGUACCCAAAAAAGAGCGAUCGCCCAGUCCGAGCGAUUGUAUGAGUCCCGAUACUAUGAAUCCACCAUCACCUGCCGAUUCAACGUUAUCUAUGGCUUCGAGUUGUCGAGACUUCGAUCCAAGGAAGAGAAUGUUUUCAGAUGAUGAUCUGAAACCGCAGCCGAUCAUCAAAAAGUCCCGCAAACAAUUCGUGCCCGACGACCUCAAAGACGACAAAUAUUGGGCGAGACGGAGGAAGAACAACUUGGCGGCGAAGCGGUCCCGCGACGCCCGUCGGAUGAAAGAGAACCAGAUCGCCCUAAGGGCGGGAUAUUUGGAAAAAGAGAACGUAGGUCUGCGUCAAGAAUUAGAACGUAUGAAAAAAGAAAAUUUGAUCUUAAAGAACAAAUUGUCGAAAUACGAAGACGUCUAAGUACCUGAGGGAGCUGGAAUUUUCCUCGAGUUUUUCAUCGUGGGAAGUCGACCGUACGCUCGCCCGACUCGAUAACUUACUUAUAACAGUGAAAUUUAAAAUAAAGUGUUCCUUCAGGAAACAACCAAACAUUUGUAUAUAAAACAUACACAUUAUGUAGUCAUCAUGUAGUGUUAAGUUUAUUAUUUGUAGUAAAAAUUUAUUUUUUUUUUCGUUAUUAGAAAUUCCUCAAGCGGAAAUACUUGGCUCGUUUAUUAAUUGAAUAUUACAUAGUUUCGAUUGAUUUUCUCUAGCGAUUUACGUUUAAUUAAUUCGAAUUUUUGUACAUUACGAUCGAUGCUUGUUUUUUAUGGUUAUUGUUUUGUUGAAAAAUGCCUAUCAAUUGGCAUAAGUUUAAAGUUGUUUUAUUUAAAAUUGAAUAGUUUAAAUGAUAUUUGUAGCGUUAAAUUUUUUAAAGGGCUAUUUUUAUAGAUUGUUUAAUUUAAAGUUAGAAAAUUUAGGGUGUAUAAUAGUCGCUGAAAUUUGAUAAUGCAGCUAGAGGAUUUUGAUCCAGUCAUACAUGAAGUUACCACUUCCUUUUUCGUUUUCUCGUUUUUUUAUAAUAUAUUUUUUAACUGUACUUCGGUCACGAGACGUUCUAUAUUAGAAUCGACCUUUAAAAGAUGACAUUGCCAAGUAAUUUUCGACAAACACAACUCAAAAACCGAUCAGGAAAAAAAAACGAAGUCUGCCUGCAAUUUUUUGGGUAGCGAAUCGUCUGUUAUUACAAUGUAGACUAUUUUUUGUUGAUUGUUUUUAUAUUUAUAUAGUCUAUUUUUUGGUUGAAGUUAAUUUAGAGGUAAUUUUAGGUAAUUAUGAUAGUAAAGUCGUAGGUAUGCUCACAAAUUUGCAGUGAUAGAAACGUAGCACAAAUACGAGCUACUAUUAUUAGAGAAAAAACAACAAUUAUUAAUUAGUAGAUAUUUUGGAAUUAUUGCUCCGAGUACAUAAUUUUUUUGUAUAUUUAAAACUACUCGAUGAACAUGACAAAAUGGUCCGCGGAAUUUACUUAAACAGGUUUAUGAAUAUGUACUUAUUGCGUGUCUGGAACACGCUAAAUUACGUUCAAUUUUAAUAACAAAGUGGGUUAUUUACUUAAUUAGGAAAUAAUUAAUUUGCAAUUCAGAAUAUUGUAACCUCUCUUCUGUGAUUCAUGUUAAUAUUAUUUAUACUCGUCCAAAUGUGUUCCAUUUUACACCGGUGAUCUAUAAAUUAUUCUGAUUUAAUUCUUUAUCCUAUUUUCUUUUGCUUCUCAUUUAUAUGGUAUAAGAACUAUCCCUAAAUGCACCUUCUUACUAUGUUAUUUUUUAUUGUAUAUUAUCAUUUUAUGUAAAUUUUCUUUUAUGUAUCUUAUGCACGCUUAUUUUUCUCUCUACUUAUUAGGUGCACUUAUUCUUUUUUCUUUUCUUAUUCACUUUUUCUCUUUGUACUUCUUAUUUAGUCUAUUAAUUGAUAUUUUCUGCAUUAAAAAGCUAAAAUAGCCCGCUUUGUUUGUACUCUGGGCUAAUUCCAGUUUUAUUUUUCACUACAGAAUUAUUUAAAUUAGUUAAGUAGGUACUAAAGACGGAAUUAACUAUUUUAAUUUGAAUUUAAUAAUUAGAGAUAAAAUCGCAUACGAUGGCCUAUUUGAUUUUGUAGAGUAUCUGAAGUAGGACAGUUUCGUUUUGUAGUGAAAAAUUAUUUGAUAUUACAGGAGCGCGUUCGGGGAGAGAACGGGCGAAUGUUUCACCCCCCCGAAAAGUCUGAUUCCAUUUUCCGGGUCCGGUUAAUUCGCCGAAUUCGGCCGGAAAUAUGAUAAUACGUUAAUAAACAAUAUAUUUUCAUGUAAACUAAAUAAAUCGACGAUGAUAUAAAGGAACUUUCGCCCUAGUACGACCCCCGAGGGCGAGCCAACAAUAUUGAGGUUGAUAUUUUUCGAAUACAAAAGUUGGUUGUCGGUGAUUUCACACAGUGAUAUGUAAAUGUUAUAUAAAAAUUAUAAGAUGUUACCGUAAUUAUAUUGUCGUAAAUCAGAUUUUAAGUGUAAAUUUAUAAAAAACGUAAAUCUCCCGCAGAAAUAUUGUUCCCCGAAAAUCGGGAACCGCCUUAAUGGCAUGCCUUACGAUUUUUGAAUUUAAUAUCUUUUAUAUUUAUCGAGAGUAAUUGUAAAUUGUGAAACCACAUCAACGGGUUAAUUAUUAUAUCGUGGGAUUAUAGGAAAAUAUAGGGUCUUUAUUGUGAUUUUAGGGACCCUAUAAAAAUAGCGUGAUAAUGAUAAAUUAAAUUUAUUAUGCUAUUGGAUUUUCCGAUGUUUCCAGGGUAUAUGUAAGUACUGCGUUUUUUUACUAAAAUUUAGUAAAAUAUCCGAAGUGCUUACCUAAUUAAAUUUCCAAAAUCAGCGGGUACUUCGUCUAUUUUAUUAACCGAUAGAUUUUCGAUGUUCGAGUUAUUUUUCAGCGGUGAAAACUGUUUAUACGUAUUUACAAAAUGUUACUGUUAAAAUUAUACUAUAUUUAUUAACAUAAUUUUACAUUACAAUGAUAAAUGUUAAGGCCUCAAUGUUAACCAUUUUUGGAGAAUAUUCUGAAUUUUAUAGGACGAACGCAGCUUCCUUAUACGCGCGAGAUGCGCGAGCCGUGCAUUCGUAGUAGCGCCAAUCCCUGUGUAGAUAUUAUAAAAAAAGAGAUAAUUUUAAAACUGUAAUUGCUAUUGUGAGCAUUAAAUGAUAAAAAAUUGCUGAUUUUUUUACCUAUUUUUCCAUAAAAAUCCAGUACCAGUGGAGCGCGUUAAAGACAGGUAAGUUCAUCUUGUGAU